AUGUCAGAAUCAAAUCUCCAAGGCCUUACCUGCUGGCUCAUCGACACCCGUUCCCUCUGGCCAGGCCAAAACAUAAAAGACGCAGUUAUCCAGGCAUCUGAUAUCUUGCACCUUCUCUCCGCCGACGAAAAAGAUGCAGUGCUCCGCAAAAUGUUCAUCGCGGAUGCAAAAAUGUCCUUGGCCUCCGCACUGCUAAAACGCCUCUACAUCUCUCGCGCAUUGGAUAUACCUUGGAAAGACGUCCGCAUCACCCGCAAAGGAGACCCCAAACACGGUAAACCCUGCGCGGCACUCCCCAAAGACUGUUCCGUUGCUCUCGACUUCAACGUCUCGCAUCAAAACGGCCUGGUAUCGCUCAUCGGCUGGAAAAGCACUCCAGGAAGCAGCACCUCCUCCUCCUCCUCGGCAGCAGAGCAAGUCCAAGUCGGCACCGAUAUCGUAUGCGUAAACGAACGCGAUGACUACCGCACUAUCGACGCAGAAGGCUUCGACGCAUGGAUAGACAUCUACACCGAUAUUUUCUCAGAGCAGGAGCGCUGGGAUAUGAAAUACACACUCGAUCACAUCACCCUGCUCAACGGCCUCGUUCUCCCAGGAUCAUCACUCAAUCGCCUAGAUCGCUGUAUCGACCGCAACAAACCACUAUCCGUUACUCUGCCUUCUGGGGAACAGCACACCUUUUGUUCAGAUCUGAUUGUAGAAGCAAAGUUACGUCGCUUCUACUCCUUCUUUUGCUACAAAGAAGCUUUUAUAAAACUGUCAGGGGAAGCGCUGCUGGCACCUUGGCUCACCGAUCUCGAGUUUCAAAACGUAAAGUCGCCGUUACCAGGUACACAAGCACGAUGCUCCACUCAUGGGACCUGGGGAGAAAGAGUCACAGAUGUGGAGGUGUUGUUGCAUGGAAGCAAGGUCGAAGAUGUGCAGAUGACGUUGCAGGCGUUCGAGGAGGACUUUAUGUUGGCGACAGCGGUGAAAGGGAUGGAAAUGAUGCGAGUGCCAGAGUGGAAGAGGUUGGACUUGGAUAGUGAGGUAUUGGCGUUUGCUGCUUGA